AUGUGGCUGUCUCCAAAUGGGACUAUUCGUAAUAUCCUUGGUGGUACUGUUUUCCGCGAACCUAUUUUAUGUGCAAACGUUCCUCGACUUGUUCCUGGAUGGACAAAACCGAUUGUGAUUGGCCGUCAUGCUCAUGGAGAUCAAUACAAAGCUACAGAUAUGGUCAUUAAAGAACAAGGUGUUUUGGAACUUGUAUUUACACCCAAAUCGUCUGGACUUGAAAAACGUGUGAAAGUUUUCGACUUCAACGGAGGUGGAAUAGGCCUUAGUAUGUAUAAUACAGAUGAAAGUAUUUAUGGUUUUGCACGUAGCUGUUUCGAAUAUGCAUUAAAUAAAAAUUGGCCUUUAUAUUUGAGUACUAAGAACACUAUCUUGAAACAAUAUGAUGGUAGAUUCAAAGAUAUAUUUCAAGAAGUGUAUAGCCAGGAUUAUCAAAAGAAGUUUGAAAAUAAUAAAAUCUGGUAUGAACAUCGAUUAAUUGAUGAUAUGGUGGCACAAACACUUAAAUCAGAUGGCGGUUUUGUUUGGGCUUGUAAAAAUUAUGAUGGUGAUGUUCAAAGUGAUGUUAUUGCUCAGGGUUAUGGAUCAUUAGGUCUUAUGACAUCUGUAUUAAUGUGUCCUGAUGGAAAAACUAUUGAAUCUGAAGCAGCUCAUGGAACUGUUACACGUCAUUAUAGAGAGCAUCAAAAAGGUCUUCCAACUAGUACAAAUCCAAUUGCUUCUAUAUUUGCAUGGACUAGGGGUUUGGAACAUAGAGGCAAAUUAGAUGGAAAUAAUCAGUUAAUUGAAUUUUGUCAUCAUCUAGAAAAAGCUUGUAUUGAUACUGUAGAAUCAGGUAGAAUGACAAAAGAUUUAGCUAUUUGUAUCUAUGGUAGUAAAAAUGUUAAAUUAGAACAUUAUUUAACAACGAUGGACUUCUUAGAUGCAAUUGUUGAUCGAUUUAAAAAACAAAUCAAUUUGAAAUAG